CACAAGUGUUCAUUCCGUUUUCGAAUUUAACUGACUCCGGUGAAGUUGUGUGUUUUGUGACUGUCUAUUCAAUAUCAAAGUUCAUCGAAUUCAUCUCCUUUGAGCAAACAUGUUUACCUUGAAUGAUUUUCAUCUACACCGACAUGUAUAAAAUGAAGUGCACACACCUUUUGCCGUUAGUCAGCGGUGCCUACAAAUUUCGCGACGAUGAGCUCAUCAAACGACAACCCAAUGAAUUCACAAAGUAACACAGAAUCUAUCUCCAAUCAGUUUUCUGUUAAACACAGGAGCAGGGAGUUCAUUUGGAAGACUUUCAUCAUAGUGUCACUCCAGAUUGCAAUUGUGUGGGAAAUCUGUUCUUUCGUGUUACUUACUGAAACACUUCGUCACUGGAUGUCGAAUACUCCUUGGUUUAUCUGGUCGUGCGGAAUUCUGGGGACACUUCUGCAACUGGAAAUGCUGCUUAUACCACAAUUACAAUUCGCGUUCCCCUACAAUUAUAUGUACUUGAUAGUAACUACAAUAAUCAUCGCCUUUCCCGCAUCUGUACCGCUUAUCGAUGUAGAAAUCUGGUGGACAUUUGUCACAUGGAUUAUUACCAUGAUUAUUGCAGGAAUUGUUGUGGCCGUCAGUGUUCUUGGGAGAUUCGAUUUACUCAUAAGUUUUGGUCCUUUCAUACUUGCCACAUUCGUUGUUGAAUUAUUCUUUUGUGUGGUAUUCUUCCCUUUCAUUUAUUUUGAAGAAUACGAUAUACUCAUCAUGCUGUGUGGAUUCGCCAUGAUAUGGACAGUUAUUUCGGAGAUAGGUAUCAUUGUUCAAGCACUACUUGGUGAUAGACGAUUCACAUUCCGAAAUGAUCAACACGUACUCGGUGGACUGAUAAUUGGCAUGUUAAUUAUCUGGCUACAUUUGCUCGUUUCAACGGAGGUGGCCAUCUUCCACGUGUUGUUCAGUCCUAAGCAGCAAACACCAGCUCCUUCCCCAAUAGGAUGAUCUGUGGAUAGACAUCUGGAAUAGUUUUAAAUGACUGUAUUAUCAAUUUUACUUUUUCUAUUGUACUACAUUAAAAAAUGCAAUACAAG